CCGACCGGUCGCCGACGGGUCCAUAAAGGGCCGAGCGGCGCGGCGCGGGUCCAGUGCGGCAGGCCGCCAACUCCCGUCACCAGCGGACCAACUGUGGUAACCGGCUACCGCGCCAGCGGCACAGCACCAACCAUGAUGCCCUGGUGGCUAGUCAUGAUCUUCCUCAAGUAUUCGACCAAGGCGCCCAACAGCUCGUUCGACUACAGCGACCCGAACACGUGGGCCACCUCGUUCCCCAUGUGCGGUGGCCCGAUGCAGUCUCCGGUGGAGCUCACUGCCGGCCGGGUUGCAUUCACUCGGACGCCCAAGCUUCGAUUUGCUCAGGGGCUGAAGGACGGAAAAAUUGAAGCCAUGAAUACCGGACAUGAGAUCAAGCUGAAGUUGAUGCCGAAGGACAGGAAUGAGCCGCUGCUGCAGCUCAUUUCAAACACCAAGCCCAUGAACGGCGUCUACACGUUCGCGCAGAUGCAUUUCCACUGGGGUCCUGGAGGUCAGCACAGCGGUUCGGAGCACUGCGUCGGACACAAGUACACCGAAGCGGAGGCUCACUUCGUGUUCUUCAACAGCCGCUACGGCGGCUUCAAGGAGGCGGUGCGCCACUUUGACGGUCUGCUGGUGAUCGGAGUGAUGCUGCGCGGCGCGCAGCAGCCAGGCGGCCUCGCGUUCCCGACGCUGGGUCUUGAGAACAAGCUGGACACCAUCGACCUGCCCGGUAACCGUCUGACCAUGUCGGCCGACCUCACCUACUUCAAGACGCUGCUGCAGCACGCGGUCGGCAACUUCUACAGCUACCACGGCAGCCUGACCACGCCGCCGUGCAACCCGGUCGUCACCUGGAUGGUGGCGGCCAAGCCGGUGGAUGUGAGCAGCACCUUCCUCGAGCGGCUGAGGACAGAGAUCUUCGAGGACGCCGACGGCACCCGGCCUCUGGUCAACAACUGCAGGCCAACGCAGGGCCGAAGCGGACGCACCAUCACCAAGCACAUCAGCAUCGGAUAAGGCCGCAAGUCACUCAGCGGCGAACGGACUUUUGUGAGCUGUGUUAUGUGCAAUGGCUGGACCAAGUGCCUGGGACGCUUUCGGCAGGCGUCGGGACUGAAGUAUUCUCAUUCGCUCGUUCGAUUUGCUGGUCAAAUCCGCCGAGGGAUCUGCAUGGCUCGUCUCACUGUCUGUGUAUGCUGGCGUACACAGGUGCAGUGCGGGUCAGCGUGUGUGUAUAGAAAUACAGAGCUCAUGGGCUGG